GAGGAAGAGAGAGAGAGAGAGAAAGUGCGCGUUAAAUCAAAACCGCGAAUGUUACUACUUUGUGUCAGAAGUAUUGUUUUGUUACCUAAGCCAAGUUAAACUUACGUAGAUCGGACAAAGGAUGGACCAUCUUUACCUAUUCCUCGCAGGACCAAAUACAAAAGACAUGAUGAAUCACCGAGGGUGGUUUGUUAUUAAUAUUUUAUGCUAACGUCACGGAAAAAUGUGCCAUAUGUAACGAUGUUUGCCUUUGAUUACGAAUUCGCUCUUUUUUCCUUCUGACAAAACGGAACUUUAAUUUACAAGUUUAACCAACAAUGUGUAAUAGUGUUUGUUGUCAGGAAAUUCUUUUUCAGAGAUACAAACCUGUUCAUGAGAAAAAACAUAUAUUUAACUCCGCAAAAUGCUCACGUGUGGAUUAUUAUACCAGUUUGUGAAAGAAAAUGCUAUUAAUGUGUCUUGUUUGUGAGACUAAACCCGGUAUUUUUUAAUCUGUUUAUUAUUUCUUAAACUUAGAACUUUAUAAUUUGUCUGGGAAAACAAAUCGAUCGCUGAAAUCGAACCGCUGUGUCUUAGCUUCGGAAAAAGGCAAAUAUUAAUAAACCCUUUUAUUUAAUUAUUUAAUUUAACUUUUUUUUUUUUGGAACGAAUCUAUUCAGUUUUUAGCAUUGGUUUAUUUUUGUUGCUUGUGUUGUUUCUGUUUCCAAACUUCCUGGUCGUCCAAACAAGGAAACACGUGAGUCUAGCAACAAUCACUUUUCACUAGUUUCCAUCCGGCCAAAUUCCACGAUCGACCAAUUCUAAUCUCGCCAUAUAUGCUGAAGAUAAUCCGUGGAGUAAACUCCAAAUCAUACCAAUUUUGUCUUUCAUAAUGAAUACUCAUAACAACUCAAGAAGAACAACAGAUGCUCCUCGAGGUACAUUUUGUGAGCAUCACAAACGAUGUAAAAAUGGAUCCUGUGUAUCGGAUCUCAGCUUGUGUCAUGAUGGAGAAGACAAUGUGAAUACCAUCUUGGUGAUGAUUAUCAUAGGUUUAGCAAUUGUUAUAUUUCUCACCAUUGUCUACUGCCUGCAGCAAAGAGGACGUCACAGAGCGCAGACCACAUCUGAUUCUCAGAUGGAAGUAAACUCUUCAGCUGAUGUGGAGUCUGACAACCUGUCGCUAUAUCAACCACCUCCACCCUACGAAGAGGUCAUUUCUACAAACAGAUAUCCAAUGACACCAGAAAGACAGAGAAUGCAAUCUUUCUCGGUGAACGUUCCAGUCACUCCCCCUCCGAACUAUGAGACAGCCUUAAAUAUCUUGGCCCGCAGCCAGGAGAUAGUGAAUACGAAACCCUCAUUAUCAUCAAGUCCAUCACAUCCAGAUUCCAUGCGAAGAUGUCGGUCUGAAGAUAUUUUAUCACCUCAACACCUGCGAGAUAAUCUGCCGCCGUUCACCUUCAUCCCACAGUUGAUCAGUAACACAAACUACAACAACAACAACAGCACCAGCAGCAGUAAUCGUUAACUUCAUUGGUUGAUUUAAUUAAUACAAAUCUCAAAAUUCCAAUUAAUUGAUUGUCUUUAAAGUUUGGACAGAAUGAUUGCUGUUGGUUUUACAAACAGAAAGCAACCUCAACCAGCUGCCUGUAACAUUCCAGACUUGCAGACUGUCUACAAGAACCAUUUUCUUGAAUAGUAAUACUAAUCAUGGUGCGGAAAAAAAAAAAACUGAUCAACCAAAAAUGUCCCUUGGUUUGUAUGGCCACCACUCAGUUCUGAUAUAAAUUGGUCAUUUUAUAUUAGAAUUUCCUGUCAACCUUCAACAACCAUUGUCCUGAUAUUUCUGAAUUUCACCUUCCAGAGAUUGCAGUAGUGAUCCGAAAUAUGCCAGAAAUAUUUUCAAAUGAUUCUCUUCAUAAAUUCCUGAUUUCUCUCUCUCUCUGAAGAGACAUCCCAAAUGUUCUGAGAGUGAUGAUGAUGAUGAUUAUAUCCAUACAGAAAAUACAUGGUAUCUAGAUUUUCAGAAAAAUAGGCUUGCUACCAUUUUUUUUUUAUGUUCAUUGUUACAAUUGUCUUUCCAUGCUAGCAUGAGUUAGAGGAGUGUCUUAUUGUGACAUUGGUUUUACAACCAGAUGCCCAUCCUGUCUAACCCUUAACUAUUUAUCAAAUAAGGGAUCUCUGAGACUGUCUUUAAAGUCAUGAAGCCAAACAAUUUAACAAAGAAAAUGAUAUUUAAUGCUUCUAUCUCAUCAAUUUUUAGAGAAAUACUGAUGCAAACAGUCUUUUUUUCAAUUUCUGUGCAUCAAAUCCAUUCAUAACAUAUAUGAAUGAAUGUUCUGGGAAUAUGUUCCCCAUUCUUAAACCAUUUUCCUCUACAAAUUUAGAGAAUUGAAGGUUAGUUUGUGUAUAAAUCAAUCAUUUUUAUACUUGAUAUUAAAUUAGGUGAGAAAAGAUCUCCAAUCCCCUGAAAAGGAAGAUGCUUCACAUCUAAUUUGUUGAGUGUGUGUGUCCUUCCAGCCUUGUAAAAGGUUGGGUGAUUAUACAUUAACGAAGCCAGUUUCACAGCAAGAAGCCCUCCCUGUAUAAUUUGUUUGAUGUGAAAUAGCUGUCAUUAAGUGAAUUAGGAUUCAUUUUAUUUUAGUUUUAUUCGGAGAAAACACAAAAUCUGCCAAUAAAAUUUGGCAAUUUUUGGCAGAUUAGAAAUUAUUUUAACAAUCAAUUCUUACGUAAAGAAAAAAAAAUAAAUAACCAGAGCAGGAAUUGUGACUUUGGUUGUUAUGAAGACUUUCUUCCAUAACAAGUUUCUUAGAAAAGUUUGUAAUUAAUCUUUUCAGCGAAGCUUGAAAGUAAUUUCUAGUUUUGGAAUAUUAAACAAAAUCAUUCUGAUUCACAUCAAAACUAACAAAGUGUUCCUCCUCCUCUGUUACUUUGACUAAAAUCUUGAUCUUAGUCCUUGCUUCAGCAAUCAAGAUUUUGAUGAGAAUGGAAUUAUCUUUAUAUAUAAAAGUGAAGUUGUGUGAGUGUCUGUCUACUCCGAUUUAGAUUCCUAACUACACCCAUAUUUUGCGGUGCAGUUUAACCAAAACCGGGUAUCUUAUAGUCGUGAUUCAUAUUAAGCCCUUCUGGGUGUUAGCAUGAGUCUAAGAUUUUAAAAAUAAUUUACCAUCAUUUUUCCGCAUUAUUAAUGCAUUUUUGCUCGGUUUAUAUAAGGGAAGUAACUCUAGAAAAAUACUUAUAUAGUUGUUUCCCUUACAAACCCGAGCAACGCCAGGCGAAACUGCUAGUUAAAUAUAAUCUUAAGUCACCGAAAGACUCUUCAUAUUAAUAAGCAACCAUGUGCCAUACUUGAAAAGUAUAUACAUCAUUGGAAGGGGAUGUAUAUUUUCUUUUUUGUCUGAGAGAAAUCUCUUUAUAGCCAUUUUGUGUUGGACCCUUAUUAAUGUCAGACACAUUUCAGCCAUCUUGAAAUUGUCACAUGUUUUUUGGGGGGUUUUUUUAACCACAGAACCCCCAGCAUCAUGCCUGGCACCAGUGUCUACACACACCAAAGUAGGAUAUAUAAAAAGCUGUAUUAUUUAAUGCUAUUUCAAUUGUAUUCAGAGUUUAUUAACAAGCCUUGUAUCAACUGUUUUAGUCAGUGGUGGUCAUGUCAGGAAGUUAACAGACAUGGUCUGCUGCAUUGAUCUUGGCUCCAAUUCAAUAACUUUUGGGGUUUUUUUUUAAAUUUUAUUUAUUUAUUUGAGAAUAUUUUAGUCUCCCCUCUGCCAUUCCAUGAAAGAAAAUAGUAUCUUUAAUUACUGAGCAACUAAUUUAGUUGGUUUAUUACAAACAACAAACUAUCUCUCCCAACUAUGCAACAUGACUGGACAGUUGGAUGCACAGGGAAAUAUUUUGGAUGUAUUUUAGUUUUACUAGAGAAAUAAUAUAAAUUUGACAAUCUGGGGUAGAUUACAAAAUAUCUUAAUUUUUAGGUGGGGGAAAAAAAAUGAGAACAGGAACUCUUUAAAUGAGAUUGUUCAACCACUAACUAUUUAUUGGAAUUAUCGUUAUCCUUUUAAUGUCCACCUUUCCCUGCAGGAGUUAGACGGAAUUGGGUGAAGUCUACUUUCUAUGACUGGAUGCCUUUUCUGUCCCCAACCUUCCCCCGUUUCCAAGCAAGGCAAAAUUUCUCCAUGGCCAGAAGAAACGACCGACAUUGCUUGCACGAUUUACAACCAUCACAUCUCAACACACACAUUCUGGGCAGUGAGAUAAUGUUUAUCAUUUGAUCUCAACUCUUCUUGAUACCAAGAGUCCUUGCAGCCAUUUUACAUCAUUUCUCCUUAAUCAUCACAACUCAAAUCCCAUUAUUUGAUACAUUCCCUGGAUCCAUCAGUCCUUUUCCAGAAUGUUCCAACAUUUAUAGACAAAAAAAACUCAUCCAUUUAUUUUACGAUUCACCCUUCAGUAUCACAUGUUAUUCAUUGUUCAGAAAAAAAGAAAGCGGGGAUGGCCACAACUGGACUGCUGAUCUGAGACUAAAGACGUACUGGGCUGAAAAAUGGAAAUGAUAUGACUGAAACCCCAAAAUAAAGGAAAGUCCCAAACAGUUUUACCGUUUCCAUCUGAAAAAUGAUAAUCAAUUAGGACUGGGACUGGGUUUCAAAAACUGAAAAACAAUUGCAACUCUCUUUUAAAGACUGAGGGGGGGGGCAGUAGUUUGAUAAUCCUCCUAAUUCCUCCAAGACAUAUUUGAUCCCCCCCGCUCCAAAUAUUUCUAAUUAAUACAUAACUAGUCACCUGAAAUAAGCUGAGAAAUGGUUUAACGAGUAACAAACAGAAACUGAUUAACAGGGAUGCUUCUUGUGUUCUCUUCUUGAACCACGGAAUCACAGAAGUGGCGCCUGAAAGCAUAUUUCAUUGUCUUUGGAAGAACACCAACCAACACAACAUUGACCAAUUCCAUCUACUAUUUCUUACAAUAUGCAAAGCAUCGAAUGGUAAUGGAAUAAGUUUGGGAAUUCUGUUAGCCACAGCAGACAACUAGACCUCCGGUUUGUGGUACCUUGUUUUAUUUAGGUGCCAGUAUUAAGUUUAACAGGCGGCAAGCUGGCAGAAUCGUUAGCACGCCAGGCAAAUUGCUUAGCAGUAUUUCAUCUGCCGCUACGUUCUGAGUUCAAAUUCCGCCAAGGCCGACUUUGCCUUUCAUCCUUUUGGGGUCGAUAAAUUAGUACCAAUUAUGCACUGGGGUCGAUAUAAUCGACUUAAUCCAUUUGUCUGUCCUUGUUUUCCCCCUCUGUGUGUAGCCCCUUGUGGGUAGUAAAGAAAUAAGUAUUAAGUUUUAAUUCAAAGAUGGUGAAAAUACCUGAUUGUCCUGUUUUGAAUUCUGUUCAAUGUCGAUUGCUAUUCCAGGUGGACAUCUACUAAGCAAUAUUAAACUCUUUCAAAACUCCAUAGCCACGUGCCUGUGCAACCCCCUUCAGGUCCACUUUCACACCAACACUAAAAUAUAUCCAGUCAAUAUCUUCACUAAGCCUGAAAUUCUCCCAAUUUCAGGAAUUAAAAAUAUCAGAAAAUUAAAACCCAAAUAUUUUUGAUAAAAAAAACAAAAAAAAAAAAACAAUCUGUCUUUAGAAAUCAACAGAAUAAUUAACGAAUUCAUGAUUCCAGUUCUUGCAUUCCAUUACAGAGAGACCUCAAACAAACAAAGGUUCCUCUGUAAUUAAGCUGGGAUCACAAUUCCAAGUUUAAAGUGUUUUUGUGCCAAAUUUGCAGUUUUUUUUUUUUUUUCAAAGAAAAAAAAAAGGAACGCUUUUUUUUAAAAUGAAAUUCUGACCAGGUUUUACUGAAGUUAAAAGUCCUUUAAAAUAUUCGUAAACCCACUGCUCAGACAAAAAAAAUAAUAUUGCCUUAUUCAGAAUACCAUAUCUAUCUGUAAAUGUUUGCUGUUCAAAGACAAACCUAGUAUUGACAAUUAAUAAAAGGUUGAAGUAUCUGUCGAGGCAAUGCGAUAUGUAAAGAAAACUAUUUUUAUAUGAUUUCAAUAUUCUUUGCCAAAAUUAAAAUUAUUGAAUUUAUGAAUAAAUUGUUUUAAUUUA